GCCAUAAGACGGGCGUCGCGCGCGGAGCCUGGCUCGGGUCGCCGAACGCUGCGGGCGGACAUGGCGAGCCGGGCGGGACUCGGGCGCGCGCUGGGCGCCUGCUGCCUCCUGGGCCUCUUCUGCGGCGCCGCGCUGCCCUUCUCGCUGCGGGGCGCGAACGAGAGACCCAUCAUCGGAAUAUUAGCACAGGAAACUGACUUUAAGAGUUUCCAAAAAUUUGGAAGUUCUUACAUUGGGGCUUCAUAUGUGAAGUUUAUUGAAUCUGCUGGAGCCCGGGUAGUACCAAUCAGACUGAAUCGUUCAGAUGAAGAAUAUGAUAAGAUUUUCAAUUCUGUCAAUGGGAUUCUCUAUCCCGGAGGUGGUGUUAGCCUCGAGACUUCUGAAUUUGCCAGAGUUGCAAAGAUAUUCUACAAUAAAGCACUAGAGGCUAAUGAUAGAGGAGACUAUUUUCCUGUAUGGGGGACAUGCCUGGGACACCAGCUGCUUAGCGUCCUCACUUGCGGGGAAGACCUGCUCACCUGGACUAAUACAGAGGGCUUUGCAUUGCCACUGAACUUUACUCCAGAUGCGAAAAACAGUGGAAUAUUCCAGGAUUUUCCUGCUGAUUUGUUGCAAGUGAUGGCUUCUGAACCCUUGACAUCAAACUUCCACUUCUGGAGCCUUUCUGUGCAGAAUUUUACAAAUAAUGAGAAGUUGCGCAACUUCUAUAAGAUCUUAACAACUAAUGUUCAUAACGACGUGGACUUUAUAUCUACCAUGGAAGCUCACAGAUACCCUGUGUAUGGCGUCCAGUGGCAUCCAGAAAAAAACCCAUAUGAAUGGAAGAACACAACAGGCAUUCCACAUUCCCAGGCAGCUGUAAAAGUCACAUACUACAUAGCUGACUUCUUAGUCAGUGAAGCCCGGAAGAGCAACCAUCGUUUUCCCAACAAAAGUGAGGAGACCAACGCACUGAUCUAUAAUUUUAACCCCGUUUUCACGGGGCCGUUUUCCUCCUUUGAUCAAGUUUAUUUCUUUGAUUAAAUUUCCAGCCAGAAAUAGGGGUGAGGCGGUCGUAGAAAUGAUGUAGCUGAGGCAUCUUUCGGGAUUAAACUAACAUAGUGAAUUAUGAAGAGCCAGGGUGACAAGACUGCUUACAGCUCCUCCUGAAUUAAUUUUUUCAGUCCUCUGUCGAAUUGCACUUUUUUUUGUUCUGCUGUGUUACAAUCAGCCGACAAGAACCCCUUUGAAAACCUCAUUGAAGUCCAUGUGUCUCAAAUUAGUAAUUCAGUGCGAGGACAACAGUUUCAACCCCUUCACAAGUUUUGUGCAACUUACAAGGACUCUAUCCCACCUUUCAGACACCAUGAAACUCAAGGCCCUCUUCCUCACCAUGUACAGCAUUGCUGCGUGGUAAAUGCUCUAAGCUUGUUUGCAGACGGGUCUUGUAACUGCUAGCACUUUUUAAUCCACAGACGGAGAAAUGCUAAGUCCUCUUUUUGUACUCCAGUGUGAAUUUUAAAACCUUAUUUGAAAAUAUUGAAGAUGCCAGUCUUCAUGUGACUUGAAGCAAAUGAAUGUUCAUCUGUGAUCAGAGAAUCUAUUUCUGUUCAUAUUAAACUGUUAUUAUUACUGGUUUGAUAUCAACAUGUGCAGGUAAUCAACCUUUUGAUAAAG